AUGUACUGAUCGCUCAGCUGUCCAUCCAAACUUUCGCAGCUUCUUUACUACUUCCGGAAAAAUCGUCUCAUUACAUCUUCGGCCAGUCCGACUAUCCACUAAACAUCCAUACCGCACAUCCUCAACCCAUGGCCACUUUCGAAUCAUUUCCUCGGCUUCCAGUCGAGCUUCGGCUCAAGAUCUUUGCCCUUGCAAUCGAGCCUCGAACUGUGAACAUCGAGUGGUCCAGACGGCUUCGCCAAUGUAUCAGUUCGGACGUCCCGACCAUACUGCAUGUCUCCAGAGAGGCACGACGUGAAGGGUUGAAGACAUAUCAACCAUCCUUCAAUACAUCCUUGGAAUCUCGGGCACCGCUAUACUUUAGCUUUGAGCUUGACACUGCUUCGUUCCAAUGGGCGACAUUCGGACGUAAGCCUGUUCGACACAUCAAACAAGUCGAGGAUGACUGCAAGAAGCUCAAAUACAUGGUCAUUGAUUCAUCCUUCCGGCUAAAUCAAGGCUUGGAGUUGAUCAAAUUCGAAAACUUAAGAGAGCUCCAGAUAUCAGGAUGCACGGAGCAACUUCCCGAAGGCCUCGAGCAGAUUAAACUGUUCGAGUGGGCAUUCGAACCUUUGUCUGGGAACAGGUCACCGGAGUCGAAGGUCAGGAGCAGGAAUGUACCAUUGUUGACGUGCUUGGACCAAGGAGACAGAUGCAGAAAUCAUUGGUGGUUUUCAGAUUGGAAUGAGAGAUGCCACAUGAGAGAAACUCCACUGGGAGAGGUCAGCUACUGGCAGUUGACAUUUUCUGUCAUCAAUGACAUGGCCAAUGGAUGUCUUCAGGAUCGGGAGAGACGAAUGUCGGACACUUCUGUAGCAUCAUCUGUAAAAUAAUAGCUCGAUGAAUGAAAUGCACAAGAUCCACAAAAUGGGUACCAUGAAAUAAAGUGCG